AAUGGCUAAAAUUAAAAUCAACAAAACUUUACAUUUUUGACUUCAAUUUCCAAUUGACUUGAAAAUUUUAAAGAUGUUUUGAUCGCAAAUUGUUGAAACGGAGCACUGCGGUUGUUCUGCCUCUGUUCAGUUAAACAGUUAAAAUAUAAAUAGUAAAGUGGCUGCAAAAACGUCGACAACGUCUGUCAUCACCUCGUCGGUUUCCGUCUCAAAAGGCGCGGCUACCUUAUCAGCUGCGUCACCAGGCAGCGCCACGUCCGCUUCACAAUUGCAGCUCGCUCUUUUGGAUUCUAAGACGGAGGAAAACCACAGCAGCCGAAUGCAGCCAACAUUGCCACAAACAGCCGGUACAGCCGAUAUGGAUUUGACGGCUGUGCAAUCAAUGGAUUGGUUUUUCAAAAAGGAACAAAUUUAUUUAUUGGCACAAUUUUGGCAACAGAGAGCUACUCUUGCUGAAAAGGAAGUUAACACACUCAAGGAACAGUUAUCCACAAAUAUUCCCAAUACAGACGUUUGUACCGACAGCGCCGAGCACAGCAGCGAUUUAACUGCGAUAGUGGCAACAGCAACAUCACCUCUCCUAUCAACUACAGCAGUAGCAGCAGCAGCAGCAGCAGCUGCAUCAGCAACAACAAUAACAACACCAACAACAACUGUAAUUGAUAAUAAUAGUAGUUUGGAUAGAUCGACAACAAUAAACCCACCAAACACCCAUUUGUCACCAACAAUUUUAAGCCAUAAUAACGUUAACACUCAUAAUAGUAACAGCAAUAAAUUGUUGAAUACGGUUGCCGCUGCUAUAACGCUUCAACAGAACGGCGGUAAUCUAUUAGCCACCACACCAUCCCCAUCGCCGCCGCUUUCCAUUACUAGUUCACCUACAGCGUCCCAGCAUACCACCACAAGUCAACUCAAAGGUUGCCUGAAUCCUAAAUUGUUCUUCAAUCACGCUCAACAAGUAAUGAUGAUGGAAGCUGCUGCUGCCGCGGCAGCUGCUGCGGCCGCUGCGGCUGCCGUGCAACAGCAACAAUCCCCUAUGCAUUCACCCCAACCCGCAACUCAAGACGAUAAUGAACAUGAAGAUUCAACCGUCCCACAGAAUAUUAUGAACAAAGACGGCGAUAAUUUUAAUGUCACUACCACCGCUGCUACAAUAAGUGAUACUACCAUCAAUGUUUUUGCAUCCGCAACAGCAAAUGAUAGCCGCAACGUGCCACAGGAAAUAGGAGACCAACAUAGCAAUGGCAAUAAAAUCGACCGCGAUGUUGAUAGAAUACUUGCAAAUAGAACUGAUAAUGAAAAUUACUUAUGUUGCAAUAUAAGCAAUAGCAAUACCAACGGCAACAACAACAACAACAACAACAACAACAACAACAACAGUAACAAUAGUAACAACAACAACAAUAAUAAUAAUAAUAACGGGAUGAAUAGCUGCAGCAGCAAUACGAUUAAUAAGAUCAAUAAUAGCGAUAAUUCUGCAAUGAGUACAAACGAGAGCCAUACAGAAAAUAUAGCAAAUCUGAGCAAAGAAAGCGAAGCAAUUCUCUCGGAGGAUUAUAACGAAAAGGAAGAACAGCUAUGUCCAGUUAAGAAUAUCAAUCUGAGUCCUUCUGAAUUAUUAGCUGCCAAAGAUAAAGAGAUUGACGCCCUUUUCGAUGAAGUUAAGCGGUUAAGAGCAAUAGAACAAACGCAUUUGUUACAAAUUCGCAGACUUGAAGAGCAUUUAGAAGCUAAGCGUCAACAUAUAAUGCGGUUGGAGAACCAUUUGGAUAAACAAGAAAAACUUUAUCCUCUAAUCGAAGUUAGUUCGCCAUCUGAGUCCGAUUCGCAGAUACUGCAAAUGAAAAAUGUGUCAAAUGCAAAGGAAACGAAUGCGGAUGACCCCAAAGAAAUUUUUCAUACGGAAAAAAAUGUAGAAACUCUCGACGACGAUCAAAACGAAGAUGACGAAUGCACUAAAUUGACUGAGAAUAUCAGUGAAAUCGAUAUCAAAAAGGAAACGCAAAGUCCAUUAAGCUUAGACGCUAUAAGCCAACAAAACGCGAUUGCUGCCGCGGCCGCUGCAGCUGCAGCUUGCAAUAAUGAUCCGAAUAAAUUCCAAGAAUUAUUAAUGGAAAGAACCAAAGCAUUAGUGGCUGCUGAGACCCUAAAGAGUUCUGAUGAAAUCGCAACCGAUCGUAUUGUUCAAGACAUAGCUAAGCCCGGCGAUGACGUUGAGCAACAUGUAGAAGCGACUAAAGUACCGAAAAUCGAAGUAGAUCUAGACGAAAGCGCGAAAAAUAUUGAAAACACCGGGAGCUUAACCAAACAGUUAGAAUCUUUUACAAAUGUGCCAAGAUCGAUGAAAGAGACGUGUUUAUUAAAAUCAGACGUUGAGAAGCCAUCUUCGACAGAGAAUGACGAGCUUUCCUCAGCCAAUUUUAAAGAGAACGUUGAACGUUUCGGUUCAUUGCUAGGAGAAGAAUUGGUUAAUUCUUAUUGGAGAAGAAGUUUUGAUAUAACCCUCAAUGCCAACGCGUCGAAAUCCUUAUAUACAAAUGUUGCCAAUAUUACUCAGCAUCAGCAUCAACAUCAGAAUCAACAUCAUCAUCAACCUCAGCAUCAACAACAACAGAAUAUACUGUUGCAACAAGCCGUCCAUCAGCAUAAUCAACUGCAGCAACAACAGCAUCGUAGUCAUCAUCAUCAGCAUCAACAACAGCAACAGCAAUUGCUAACACAUCACCAAUUGCAGCAACAACAACAACAGCAGCAGCAACAACAGCCGCAGCAAGGGCAUUCGUCCACUGCACUGCUUAGUCAAUUAGUUAAUUCCACUUUUGCACAACAAACCAGUACUCAAACGAAUUCUUCCAUUCUUCGUUCAACAGAUACUUUACAGCAUAUGCCGCCAAACCAUCAAUUGCCAUCGCACAUAACCGAUCAUCAUGAAAAAAUUGGUCUCAAUCAACAAGAUUCAAUGUCAGCAUCCAGCGCCAGUACGCCAAAUCUGCAAGAUCAACGGUCUAACGAUGAGCACGGCCUAUCGUUAAACGGAUCUCAUAAGUCGCUCGACGAUAACAAUAGCAACCUAUGCGCCACACCUACAAAUCCUAUAGGACCUCAUCACCUUCCACACAGCUUCCUGCCCGGUCUACCAUUCCAAUUUCAAGAUCGAGGACACUUUCGUUUCGCCGAUGAACUGCAACUGCCGCCUGGUACGUCAAUGGCUGGCCGUUUAGGAGAAUCCCUCAUACCCAAAGGCGAUCCGAUGGAGGCUAAAUUACAAGAAAUGCUUCGCUACAAUAUGGAUAAAUAUGCAAAUCAAAACCUCGACACUAUGCACAUCUCACGGCGUGUCAGGGAGCUGCUAUCAGUUCACAACAUCGGUCAACGCAUAUUUGCCAAAUACAUCUUAGGCUUAUCGCAGGGUACCGUAUCCGAGUUGCUGUCGAAACCCAAGCCAUGGGAAAAGCUCACCGAGAAGGGACGUGACAGCUAUCGCAAAAUGCAUGCCUGGUCAUGCGAUGAUAAUGCCGUUAUGCUACUCAAAUCGUUAAUACCCAAGAAAGAUUCCGGCUUACCGCCGUACGGUGGCCGUGACGAUAGUAUGUCUGAUGAGCGUAUUGCUCAUAUAUUAAAUGAGGCUUCGUCGAUGAUGAAAAGUUCGGUAUCUUCUGGUCUGCAGCAUCAAUUAAAAGAUGAACAACAAAGACGUGUUCAUGAAGAUUCGCAUAGCAAUGAGGAUUCCAAAUCGCCACUCCAACCUUGCCCUUCGCCGUUCUUUAAAGAGCAAAUCAAACAAACGCAAGACUCGUGUAUUCAAAGUCAGAGCAACCCUCAUAUACGUCAAGAGGAUGUGAAUCCCGAGAAAAUGGCUCGCCUUUAUCAAGAGAUAAUGACUCGUGCUCCCCGAGAAGCUUUUCCCAGUUUUAUGCUUAAUCCUUUUUUUAGUGGUGGCUUACCCGCUGCCGCUGGUAUGCCAGGUAAUACGUUUAGUGGCUUAGCAGCUGAUGAGAGUAUGCGAUUGGCUUUCGAGAGGGAAAUGGUUAAAUUACAGCAACAAGCACAACCCCCAAAUUUUCCUAAUUUUUCUAGCUUAAUGGCUUUACAACAACAAAUGCUGAAUGGAGCGCAAGAUCUGAGCUUAGGCAAAGAAACGGCAGUUAAAGAGCUUAAAACGAAUGGACAACGCAACUCUUUUACUUCCUCACAAACUUCUUUAGAAAAUUCUAGUGCAGUCGCCCAACAAAAUACAACAAAUGCCAAAGAUAGCUCCACCCCGAGUGUGGAACGAUUGUAUCCCGGUAUGUGCAAGUCCGAUACAGGCAAUAAUACUCCUGCCUCACAACCUUCCGCCAAUACACCAGCUCUGAAUGCAAAUUCAGCUGCCCCAAGUCCACUUAGCAACACCAUUCUCCCGCCUGCAAUGACAUCGAACGACGAUUUUUCUACUACUGCCAGUCCUCUACAACGUAUGGCGUCCAUAACCAACUCUUUAAUCACACAACCGCCCGUACCACCGCAUCAUCCACAACCUCAACGUCCUACAAAAGCCGUGCUUCCACCCAUAACGCAGCAACAAUUUGAUAUGUUCAACAAUCUUAAUACCGAAGAUAUUGUUCGCCGUGUCAAAGAGGCUUUAUCGCAAUAUUCGAUUUCUCAACGUUUAUUUGGAGAAUCAGUGUUAGGCUUAUCUCAGGGAUCCGUUUCUGACCUCUUAGCUCGUCCUAAGCCGUGGCAUAUGCUUACGCAAAAAGGUAGAGAACCCUUUAUACGUAUGAAAAUGUUUCUCGAAGACGAGAAUGCGGUUCACAAGUUAGUUGCCAGUCAAUAUAAAAUUGCACCUGAGAAACUUAUGCGCACAGGUAACUACAGUGGAACACCUCAGAUUCCUCAAGGUUUAGCUAAUAAAAUGCAGGGAACGCUACCUAUGCAAAAAAUGAUUAACGAUUUGAAACUACAAGAACCUACCCAGGCUCAACAGAUCAUGCAACAAAUGCAAGCGGCUGCUGUUAUGUCUGCUGCAAUGCAACAACAACAUCAAGCUCAACAAAGUCAGCAUCAGGCUGUAGCUCAAGCCGCACAAGCUGUAGCCCAAGCAGCUCAACAUCACCAAAGCAUGCUGUUAACAUCGCCAGGCCUGCCACCGCAACAUGCUAUUCCUUUACCAGCUGCCACCACAAAUCCUAAUUCUAGUGUUCCAACGACAGCAUCAGGGCCCAGUGGAGAAAAGAAACCGAUGAUAAUGCCGAUACACUCACCACAUACGCCAAAUGCCAUGCGAAACUUACAUCAGCAUAUGUCACCAACAGUAUAUGAAAUGGCUGCACUCACGCAAGACUUAGAUACUCAAGUUAUAACGACUAAAAUUAAAGAAGCCUUACUCACCAACAAUAUUGGGCAAAAAAUAUUCGGAGAGGCGGUUCUCGGCCUUUCUCAGGGCUCUGUAUCGGAAUUAUUGAGCAAACCCAAACCUUGGCAUAUGCUCUCAAUUAAAGGUCGCGAGCCUUUUAUACGUAUGCAAUUAUGGCUGUCCGAUGCCAAUAAUGUUGAACGUCUUCAAGUUCUAAAGAACGAGAGACGGGAAGCAUCAAAACGCCGACGUUCCACGGGGCCCAAUCAACAAGAUAACAGUUCAGAUACUUCAAGCAAUGACACUAAUGAUUUUUAUACUAGCAGCCCAGGUCCAGGCUCAGUUGGUAGUUCAGUUAGUGGCCCUACUCCAAAUAAAAAGCAACGAGUUCUCUUCUCUGAAGAACAAAAGGAAGCAUUACGUUUAGCUUUCGCUUUAGAUCCAUAUCCAAAUGUGGGAACAAUUGAAUUCCUAGCCAAUGAGUUAGGCUUGGCGACACGCACCAUUACCAAUUGGUUUCACAACCAUCGCAUGCGUUUAAAGCAACAAGUGCCUCACGGCCCGCCGGGUGCCGAAAAUCCGAUACCUAGUCGAGAAAAUACAAAUUCAACACCAUUUGAUCCCGUCCAGUUUCGCAUACUACUUCAGCAACGGCUACUUGAAUUGCAUAAGGAGCGCAUGGGUCUAACUGGCACUAAUCCUUUGCCUUACCCGCCCUAUUUUGCAGCAGCAGCACUACUUAGUCGCAGCCUUGCCGGUAUACCUAACGCCACGCCAGCUGUCCCAGGUAUAGCCGGCGAAAGUGAAAUUCAUGCUCUAAAUCAAGCUUUUAAAGAGCAAAUGUCCGGUUUAGAUCUAAGUAUGAGUUCACUCAAAAGAGAACGAACCGAUGACUUCGAGGAUGAUCUGGAAGAAGGGCAUUUAAGCGAAAACGACAACGACUCCCUAGACGAGGAUGAUAAGUCGGGCGACUAUAAAGACACACCUCGUUCAAGCAUUAGUAGUAGUGAUCGAUUCUUUGGCGCUAAUAUGCGCUCUAACAAACGAAAACGCGCAGCACCUCAAUGGGUUAAUCCAGCAGCCGUUGGACUUAAUGCUACACCCACCACAGAGAGCAGCGAUCGACUUAUUAACGGAGUUUGCAUAAUGCAAAGCAAUCAACGCACUGAACCUAUUUCAGAUCAAAACGAAGAAGAAAUUCAUAAAACUCAAACCUCAGAAGACCAAGAAAUCGUUCAUUCCGAUAUAAUGGAACCUGAAGUAGUGAUAAAACAGGAGAAAGCGGAUUGCGAAAGUGACUCGGAGCAAAACUCUGCCUUAACAAAAAGCAAAGAAGAUAAAAUCAAAGUAAUGCAAGAGGAGAAACUACGAAUGGUACGUGUAAGUCGCUUAAGUAACGAAGAGGAACAGAUCAGUACUGCGUCAACCUGGAACUAUUAAAAGGAGGAAAGAUAAUAAAAAGCAUUAAAGCAACGCCAACGCCAGUGAAAUACAAUAAAUGGGAUUAACAAGUAGCCUAACGAGUGAGAAAUAAAUGUGCAAUCUUUUAAACAGUGAGGUUCUUUAGUAAAAUAUAUAAAAUGUGAUUGACUUUCUUGUGUUUUCUUAUGAAAAAUUUGUGUAAAUAAUAGUUUAUU